AUGUACAAUAACUACCAGAUCACUGCCGUGAGGGGGGCUCGCCUCUCCUCUCUACCAGGUUCCAGUGGUGCUACAGCCCAACAGCCCAUCCCUAGAACUCUGGUGACCAAGUCGCAGCAGAUCUGCACUUUUUUUGCGCACCAGAAGGCAGCUAAACAGGUUGCCGUUGCUGCUGCCGCUGACAAAGUCUCAGUAGCACCAGCCACGCCUAGAAAGACAGAAAAAUCGGAGGCGGCAGUUGCACGAGUGGACGCCUCAACAGCAGUCGUAGUAGCAUCGGCGGCAAUUGAAGCAGCAGCAGCCGCGUCGAUUGCAAGGGUUCCGCUCGAUUUCCCUACAAGUCCAGCCAGCAUUAGAACCUGGAGGGAUUUAUUCUCUGCCGCGUCAGAGCCAGAUGACGAAGGGCAAUUCGUCUCCUCACAUCAUGCAGCAGCAGCCAUUGCCACCCCAGCACCAGGCACUGCAGCAUCCACAGCAACCCAGCCAGUCAUACGCGUACUAUCAUCAACAGCUGCAGCAUUACGAGAAAUUGCUGCGGCAGGUUCCCGAGCAGCACCAUACUCAGCAGCCAGAAUCAGAGCACCAGGCACUCAAAUUUCCACUGCAACAGCAAAGCAGCCUUCAGCAACCACAAGAGCAGGACCUGCUGCAGGCGCAGCCCUUUUGGCAACCGCAUCAAGUCAACCACAACACCGUCUACAACAGCAGUAUGUACAGCUCAUUCAACAAGAAAGAUUGCCGCGGCAGCAGGAGCAGGAGAGGGAGGCAGAAGAACUCGGGCUGUAUGGGGAACUGGAGCAGUACCUCGAGCACACCUUUGACGCUGAGCACUUUCCAGACACCCUGCCUCCUGUUUUCAAGCUCUGUAAGUCGGUGGUUGGGAUGCUGGACGAAUGUUCAGCCCGCGAAGCGGAAAUGAUUCUUGACAUGACGAGCUAA